AUGCUGCCAUCCCGCCGCGUCGUAGUCACUGGCGUCGGCCUGGUCACGCCGCUUGGCGUCGGCGUCGAGCAGAGCUGGCGUCGGCUGCUCGCCGGCGAGACCGCGGUCCGGCGGCUGCCAUCGCUCGACGGCCUUCCUGCGCAGAUCGCGGCGCCAGUGCCGCGGGAGGGCGAGGGCGGCUUCUCGCUCGCUGGCUGUGGCCUCGCCGCGCCGGGCGACGAGACGUCGCUCUCCACCUUUGUGCAGUUUGCCCUCGCCGCCGCCGACGAGGCGCUCGUGCAGGCGCGCUGGUCGCCAGAGACCCGCGCCGAGCAGGAGCGGACGGGCGUCGCCAUCGGCUCGGGCAUCGGCGGGCUCUCCGACAUC